CAGAGGAAAGCAGAACUAGAAUUGAGUCUGUGGAAGGAAAACUGGGCAUGUAGUCUCAGACAAUUGCGUAUUGGAUAUUAUCUCAGGCCGACGGACAUAUAUAUCAGCAAUAAGCAGAAGAUGUAAGAAUCCGCUCGUGUUUAUUUCCGCUCGUGUGCUAUAUUUACAUCUGACAGUUCAUUAUCUGCGCGUGGAAUCAAUAACUUCUGAGGGCACCAUUCACAAAAAAACUGAUGGGAGAAAGGAUUUUAACUUUGUGGUUGGUUGGAAAUGUUCACUUGUGUUUGAUACCCUAAACAUAUACCGGAUUGCAGUCCUAUACUAUUCAUUAGUUCGUGUUUUAACUAUUUUUUGAUACAGUACAAUGGCACAUAAAUGGUAUGACCAUUUUACGGUCUGGCUGAAAAUAGGAUUGAUUUUACAAAUUGUGUCCACGAUUGUGUUUAUUGUCGGAUUUUCUACGGAUGUGUGGAUAUUCGCGACAUUCCGGGAAGAUGCGAGACGUGAGUACGGACUGUGGAGGUAUCUGUUCUACACGUACAGCUCACGUUUCGAGGACGUUGGGGCUAUUAGGGCCAACAUAGGCAAUAAUGCUAUUGUAAUUACACGAUCAGACUGGUACCGAGCUACCCAGGCCAUGGAGUGCUUUGGUCUGAUCUGUAUUGUCAUCGCUACCUUCCUUCUUCUGCUUUACUUCUUUGUCGCAUCGUGUAAAAGGAGGAAUGCUCUCGUCGCUACUAUCAUCUUUACGUUUGCUGCUGUGGGAUUCAUCGUCAUCGGCAUCGCCAUUUUUGCAUCCAAGUUCGACAACUAUGGCUACGAAAUAGGCUGGUCCAUGGGCUUGGCCAUCGCCGCGGCCAUAUUGGCUUUUGUGGCGGGCAUCAUGGAGGUUUUAGAAAUUAAGUAAUUUAUCAGUGUUUUACUAUAUCUCUGUAGCCAAAACCAGGAGUUUCCUCCAUCAAAGACAAGUAGAUUUUGGGGUUUUUAUCGCUGUUACUGCCAGGAAAAGGCGUGACCAGGUGCUCUACCAAAAAUUACUUUUGCAAAGUUGGGAGAUAAACUUGUGUAGAUUUGGCUGGACGAGGUCGAUGUACUUGUCAUUCAAACUAUCAUGUGACCAAUACCACUCUAACCGCCUCUAAGUCGUUUUAAUUGUUCUCCAAGUUCUUUUCGAUGUUUUAUAUUUUUCUGUUGGCCUACCUUGAACCUGAAUGGCAAAACAAAUUAACGUUAACGCGAAUAUAGAAAAAUGAGAUAGGAAACCACUCCGUCCACUUACUUUCCAGUAUAAAAAGUAUGAAAAAGUAUACCAUGGCUGCCAUAUCAAACUUUACCUAUGUUUGGAAGUAAUGGGUGUAACCUCGGGGAAUGUACAUAACGUUUGUGGAGUUCUAACACAGGUUUGGAGUUCAUAUAGUUAUACUUUUUAUAUAGAUAUAUAUUUUUCUCUACUCAAAGUUCUUAACUGUACGCAUCCGUGUUGAGGUUACAAGUAGAACGCUUAUCAAGACUAACGGAAAUUGAUAUUUUAACCAAUAUUCCAUUAUCACAAUUAUGUACUCUUCUCCAGACACGGACUUCAAAAUUGCCAAGGUUUGUUAGCGAGCAACAUUGCGUAAUAACUAUUAUGUUGUCUUUUUGAUAUCACACUUGUGCUAUUAUCUUUGAUGUAUUUCGUAGACAAUGUCUUGACAAGGGUUUCAUUUGUGACCUUGACCCUUAAUGUGUUUGGUGACGUAGGCAGCAGAAGUGUAAAUGGUCGUUGUGUUCUUGUUUCUCGGUUUGUAAUUAACUGUUAUUCCCUAAUGUCUUCCGGUCGUGAUUGGUGGGGACCACUUUCCUGUAAAGUGUUGAUACGGCCCAAGGAAGACAACUCUAAUAAACUUGAUGACUCCCCUCGUCAAACCUCAUGUUAUCUUUAUAUAAAAAUAUAUUAUACAUAUUUAAAGUCUGGUUGGUAUUUCGUUAUGAGUGAAUGCAUGGCUCAACUGUUUAAAAUGUAUUAUGCAAAUAUGACAUUUAUUUAGCUAGUUUGCUUUGUGUAAUGUUGUUCUUUCUUACAAUAAACAUUUUAAUAAGAAUGAAAA